AUGGACCAAAUUGAUUCUAUUGUUAAAUAUAAUUAUCAAUUUUAUCCUCAACAGCUUCAACCAUCUCAAUCACAAGACUUGAUUUCUUCUGUUGAACAUUACAACGAUAACCAAGAAUCUUUGACCAAUGACAUUUUAUCUUCUAUUAUUCUCUAUUUUCCACUUCUUGUUAAUAAAUCUCCUGAAAUAACUUCUCCAAUAGAUAUUAUUUUAUAUCAUACUUAUCCCAAUUUUUUAGGUGAACACGUUAAUAAUAAUUUAAAUCAAAACACAAUGAUACAUUCUUCCAUUAAAUCUUUAAAUACUCCUGUUACACCUCUUUGCACUCCAUCCAAAGAGUUAUGUAAACAGUUGGUAAAUGACUAUUUUACCAAAUUCAAUGUUAAUAUACCCAUUGUUAAACGUCAAAAAUUUAGCGUUCAACAGAGUUAUCAUAAUAAAGAAAAUUCAGAGAUGUUGAUGUGCGCAAUUUUAGCAGUGGCAGCAUCAAAGUAUUCUGAUGAUCCUUCUAUUCAAAAAACUCCGGAUAAAGCCGGUGGGGUAUUUUUCGAUUCUGCCAAGAAAUUAUUGGAUACAAAAUAUAAUGCUCCAAGCUUGGAAACUGUUCAGACACUACUACUUUUGGCACAUGCUGAGAGUAGCACAACACGCGUUCAUAGUGAAUCAAUGUUUUUUGGCAUGGCAGUUCAAAUGGCUCAUAUAUUACACCUUGAACGAAAUGAUACCUCUCUACCUCCAGAUGAAAAUGAAGAAAGACGCAGAAUAUUCUACUGUGUUUAUUGUCAUGAGAGAUGGUCAUCUUUCAGAUUUGGAAAACCUAUCGUCAUUGAUGAUAUAAAUAUCAACGUUCCUUUACCUGCUUUAUCUUCAUUUGAAACUUCAACAAAACAAUUCUUUAUAGCAUGGAUAAAGCUAUCACGUAUAAUUGGCCUAAUUUGGAAGUUUGGUUAUUCUUCUCAGUCUCUAGCUUCUCGUGAAAGUUGGCUCUUUCAUGCAAAUGAUCAAAAAUUCAUGCUAAGACAAAUACGUUCAGAAUUGACAAGAUGGUUAAGAGAAUUACCUGUUGAACUUCGAUGUCAAGAUUUAUCAGAUGCUGAUUCAAGUC